UAUGGCAAUAGUGUGGGAUCAUAUUUGAUGCAAGAAAACAUGACGUUAAGGACAAUGACAGAGCACGGCAACCGAAAUUGUUACUCCCACUUGCCAGAAGCUGUGAUUCUGCAUAUUCUGCUAAGACUGCCAACAAAGUCCAUAACACGCUUUAAACGCAUUAGCAAGAACUGGGCUGCCCUCAUCGGGAGCUCGUAUUUCAUAAAAAAGCACUUCAAUCACGAGGACAAUAAGGCUAAACUCCUUGUCUACCACUACAGACCCGAUCUCCAACAAUGCAUUUUCACUUUAUACCAGGAUCCGACAUAUUCAAGGUACGAGAUGCCUGACCAUCUACAGUUUCAUAAUAUAGUGUCAGUGAUCGGGCCCGUGAACUCCAUAUUUUGCGUGGUUGAUGAACACGUUGGAGGAAUGAGUUUGUGGAAUCCUACUAUACGUGAAUUCAGGCCGAUCCCCGCAGCAGGCCCGGAUUGCCUAAACAAGUAUUGCGCUUAUAUGAAUGUAUAUGGGCUGGGGUUUGACCCGUCAAGUGAUGAUUACAAGGUGGUUUGGAUCCGAAAGUUUAUGGACCCGACUGCUUCGACAUCCUCACUGAUUUCUCUGUAUAGUCUGCGUGCUGAUUCGUGGAGGCAUUUUAGAGAUACUGAUUUUGGCAUUGUGGUUCAGAAUAUGAGUGAGUCUAAAUGCAACACAUAUGUGAAUGGAGUUUAUUACUGGCUGGCGGAUGAUGUGAGAUUCAGGUAUUAUAUUCUAGGAUUUGAUAUGCGAACUGAGGCGUUUGUGGAGAUGGAUGUGCCUGCUUGUAUUACUUCUUUGUAUGUGAAUCUUUCUUUGUACUCCGGUGAUAUCGCGAUCCUGUCGUUGGAUGUGCAAGACGAGGGGAAAUCUAUUGAUUUAUGGGUUAGGAAGGGAGAAGGGUAUUGGGUGAAACAAAUGGCAAUUGGACCCUUUUCAUUUUGGGAUUUCAGCUGGCCGUUUGGAUUGUGGGAGAAUGGUGAGUUAGUGAUGGAGACGAGCUCUUCGGAUUUGGUGCUGUUGAAUCCAAAUACGCAUCAACUUUGGAAUCUUCAUAUCCAAAGCGAGUAUGGCCAUACUCGCAUGUAUAGUUACAAGGAAAGCCUUGUGUCAAUCAGAAGAAGGAGCCAAUGUUCGGGGCUGUAAGAGCUGAAAUGAUUAAUAGCCAGUCUCCAACAUUACCCCUCGCUUAACAAUAUUCUAAUCUGUAAUAAUGCCCAGUACAGACUAAAUUAGGAAGAUACAUUCACAAAACUUUCAGUUUCCUCAUAAAUCAUUAUCGUAGGAAAUGAGUAAUUCAUGUAUGCCGUCCAGCACUCUUAACUACCAUACGAUUUUAAAUUAGUCUAAGUACUUUCAGAAAUAAAAAAUUCUUUAGAGACACCAAUCUGUACAUACAGCUCACAGAUUACGAAACUUUCCCCCAGGCAAAGAUGUUGAUAAUGCUUAGUAGUGCAUUAAUGAGGAAAGGGAAAACUAUAGCACAAAUAUUUUGCACACACCUUCACCAAGAAAUGAUAGAGGUCUUGAUUGCAGAAAACAUGAGGGUCAGAGCAAACAACAAAGGAUAUAAAUUCACCUGAUAAAAUUUAAAAAGAGAACUCCAAAAAGUUCAGGCAACACCCUAGAUUAUUUCUAUGAUUACCAAUAAGCCGCCAAAAGAACCAGCAUCAAGCAUGUCUUUGGAUAAAAU